AUGACCUCGAGAGAUCCACAUCAGCAGAUGAUGAUAUAUUUUCAACAAUCGGGUCUAUUUCCAACUAUAUUUGUAUAUGGCUUUAAGGUGUAUCCGUCAUUGAUUUCGACUCGGAUUGAAUGUUUGAGGCCUGAGACACACACUUUCCAUGUCCCAAGUGCUGAAGCCACGAUUACUUUGGAAGACGUUGCUUACCAACUCGGUGUUCCUAUGAAUGGUGCCGCCAUCGUGAGGCACAACAAUUAUAACCCUAUCGUUAAGGUCCACGAAGUUUUGGAAAAGCUACCACCAUAUGAAGUCAUGGACGACUAUCGGAUACGGAUGGCGUGGUUGGAGUUUGAAUUUCAGGUAACGGAUGACUCUACUGACAAGGAGGUUAUUUUUGCAUCCCAAGAAUAUCUUCUCCAACUAAUCGGAGGGGUAUUAUUACCAGAUAAAUUUGAUAAUUUGGCGCACACUUAG